AUGGUGUUCUUCAAUACGACACGACAAACAUCACCAUUCCAAAAAAUGCCAGAUCAAGAUUCAAUAGCAUCCAUAAACCAAGAAGAUAUCAACAAUAAUGAUGCAGCAACAACGAAUCAUCCUGGCGGCCAACGUAGUCAACGACGCUUCUUCUUGUCAUCAUUCUUAAGGCGACUCAAGGCGAAACGAGGAAUAUCAAUACGAAUGCUAUUUCGCUUUGCCACACCAAAGGAUGGAUAUCUCAUUGCAGCAGCAUGUAUAUGCUCUAUUCUCGUUGGGUGUCUUCAAACAGCAUCUGUUGCAAUUUUCGCACUUACGACGAGUGAUGCCAUUGAGUCUAUUUCAGCAGGCGAGGCUUCAUUGAAUGAAGGCUUACAACCUGUCGUUGUUGGAUUUGCUAUUGUCGGUGGAUUCAUUGUUGUCGUGGCAUACAUUGGCAGCACAUUGUGGAUUAUUACAGGCGAGAACCAAGCACGUUCAAUACGUAUCCAUUAUAUCAAAUCCCUCAUGCGCCAAGAUAUGAGCUGGUUUGAGCUUCACGACAUGGACGCAAUCACGUCACGACUUGCACUUGACAUGCAGCAACUGCAAGAUGCCAUUUCGGAGCGCUUUGGUGGACUCGUACGUGCAAUUGCUGCAUUCAUAUCUGGGUUUAUGAUGGCUUUUAUUGCUGGAUGGCAAGUUGCAGUCGUCAUCAUUCCGGUGCUUCCACUUUUGGGGAUCAUGGCCUAUCUUUCGAUUCAUUGGCUUGUACACAGUACUUAUAAGCUUCAAGAUGCUUAUGGUGAUGCUGCAUCCGUUGCCCAACAAGUGGUCGAUAAUAUCCGUACAAUCUAUGCAUUUUCGUUGCAAGCACGAUUUUCCAACAUGUACAAGUCAUAUCUUGUCAAGACACGCAAAGCAGGGUUACGACGAGGACUCUAUGGUGGACUAUGCUAUGCAGCAUUUGUAUCUGUAUUGCUUAUGACCUAUGCUUUGGCGAUCUGGUAUUCGGGAAACGUGAUCGCACGUGGCAACAUUGACGGCUGGAGAGCACUGACAGCAAUUCUUGGCAUGAUGCUUGGAUCAGUCACCUUUUUACAAGUUCCUGGUCACAUGAUGGCGAUUGCUGCUGCAUAUGGUGUUGCAUGCAAAAUAUUUGAUACCAUUGACAGUACACCUACCAUUGACACUCCUCGAAUUGGUCAACGAUUUCCCGUAAUCACCGGCCAUAUUGAGUUCAACAAUGUCUCAUUCCAUUAUCCAACACGUCCAGACAUUCAGGUGUUAAACGAUAUCAAUUUCAUGGUCCAACCAGGAACCACUGUGGCUAUUGUGGGUGCAUCUGGAUCAGGGAAAUCAACCGUGAUACAGCUUAUUCAACGACUCUAUGAUGUGUGCUCUGGAAAGAUACUUGUUGAUGGCAUCGAUAUCAAGGAUGUGGAUGUGCGGUGGUUUCGAAGGCACGUUGCAGUUGUCAGCCAAGAGCCUAAGCUUUUCAACAUGACAAUUCGACAAAACCUAUUACUUGGUGCACCAGCUGGCAACAUAACUCAGGAGCAAAUGGUGUUCGCAUGCAUGCAAGCAAAUUGUCAUGCCUUUAUCUCGGCAUUACCCGAUGGAUAUGAUACAAAUGUUGGUGGAAAUGGGUGCAAGCUCUCUGUUGGCCAAAGACAACGCAUUGCCAUUGCAAGGGCGAUCAUUAGCAACCCACCUAUUCUAUUACUUGAUGAGGCUACAUCGGCAUUGGAUACAAACUCAGAACUAGCCGUUCAACGCGCUCUUGAAACAGCUACAGCACGUCGUACAACUUUCAUCGUAGCUCAGAGGUUAUCAACCAUUCGUAACGCUGAUCAGAUCAUUGUCAUCCAACAUGGAAAGGUUGCUCAAGUUGGCACUCAUCAACAGCUGCUCCAGCAACGAGGUAGCACAUACGCCAAAUUAGUGCGUCUCCAAGAAAUUGUCAUCCAGCAACAACAACAGCGAGAAGACGUGUCUAGUCAUGAACAACAUGUUGCCAUGACAACCGCGGCUCAUCAAAGUAUCAUUGAUUAUGAGAAAGAAAGGAUGCGUCAAACGCCAGCAAGCGAUAACACGUCCGAUUAUCAUACAGCAUUAGCAGUGACCCCUGUUAACGCAACCGACAACAUGAUGAUGGAUGCCUAUGAAAUUCGACGAGCCAAUGACAAGAACGCAACCAAAGAAAUGGCCAAAAAGCGUGCUCCAAUAUUGAAAGUGAUUCGACAAAUGCAUCGCAACGAACGAUGGCUACUCGUAUUGGGAAUUGCUGCUACUGCUUUUGCCGGUUUUAUUUUCCCUGCUGUCGCUUACAUUAUUUCACAUUCAAUACUCGGCUUGGUGCAAAAGGAUCAAGCGUCCAAUAUGGCGGAUGGAUAUGGAUUCUGUAUCUUCCUCUUUGCCCUUGCAGCUUUUGUCAUUUAUGCAUUGCAAUUGAUUUGCUUUGAAGCAGCAGGAGAAUUGUACACCGAACGGUUGCGUGGACAAGUGUUUGAUGCCUACCUUGGACAAGAGGUUGCUUAUUUUGAUCGCCAUACGACGAGCGUCCUUACAUCUCAACUUGCUGUGGAGGCAAGAAACGUGUAUCAGCUAGUAACCAAGGUGCCGGGAGACAUUGUACAAAUCAUUUUUACUGCAAUUACUGGCUUGCUGAUUUCCUUCCUACAAAGUCCAUUGAUGACAGGUGUUGUCUCUGCAUUAUCUCCCAUCGUCAUGGGUGCGAGCUUCUAUGAAGCACACAUACAACGAAGCUAUGAACACAAAUCGAUCCAAGCCCACGAACAAUGCAACAUCAUCAUGUCCGAAGCUGUAAAAGAGAUCCGCACCGUUGUCGCACUUGGUCAACAAUCCUUUUUUGAAUCGCAAUACCGCAAAGCAAUUGAGCAUCCACACCGCAUUGCCAGGUCCAAAGCUUUCCUUUCCUCUAUCGGCAACGCACUUAACCAAGGUUUCAUGAUGCAUGUUUCAGCAUUGUCUUUGCAUUUGGGCACGCAAUACGUCGAUCAAGGGAUUCUGGAUCCUACAGCAAUGUUUGUUUGCUUGUUUUGUGUGCUUGUGUCUGUGCACAGUAUUGGUCGCCUUGGUGCAUUUGGUACAACAUACGCACGAGCCAAGUAUGCAGCUAUUGCUGUGUAUGCUAUUCUUGAACGUAAGCCCGAGAUCAUCACUGAUACGGAAGGAUUGGAACCAGCGAAUGUGGAUGGCCAUGUUGGAUUCCAUAAUGUUGCAUUCAGCUAUCCCACGAGACCUGAUACAGCCGUGUUUAAUGGUGACUUUACGAUGGAGGCUAAGGCUGGCAUGACGAUUGGAUUAGUGGGACCUUCAGGAUGUGGCAAAUCAACGGGUAUUGGCUUAUUGCAAAGAUGGUAUGAUCCUACCGAUGGCAGUGUCACUUUGGAUGGGAGCAGCACGCGUGGCUAUACGUUGAAUUCUUUGAGACAACCCAUGGCACUCGUUUCGCAAGAACCUGUUUUGUUUGGAUUAUCCAUUGGUGACAACAUUUGGUUGGGAUGUGCGAGCCGUGAAGAUGUUCAAGUUACACGACAACAAGUGGAGGAUGCUGCUCGCUUAGUUGGCAUGCAUGAUUUCAUUACCAGUCUUCCUCAAGGGUAUGAUACGCGUAUAGGAUGCAGUAGCAGCAGUCGAGGUAUUCAAUUGUCGGGUGGACAAAAGCAACGCAUCGCCUUGGCACGUGCUAUGAUUAGACAACCCAAAGUACUUUUAUUGGAUGAAGCUACAUCUGCUCUUGAUGCCGAAUCAGAACAACACAUCCAAAAUGCCAUUGAUCAACUCAUUCAUCAAGCUGAUCGCACGAUUUUCAUCAUCGCUCAUAGACUCGCCACUGUGCAAAAUGCUGAUCUUAUUUGCUAUAUCCGUGAUGGACGUAUUAUCGAGCAAGGAACACAUUGGGAGCUACUACGAAAAAGGGGCGAAUACGCUGCACUUGUUCGCCUUCAAUCCCUUCGAUAG